AUGCGUGAAGUGGUCAAAUACUGCAUUAUUGAUGCUCUUAGCUGUCAGCGGUUAAUGGUUAAGCGUAAUGUAAUCAAUGAAUAUAGGAAGUUAGUAACUUUAGCCUUCUUACCAUUAUUUGAUACGCAUUAUUUUACGGGAG